AUGACGGGUGCCCACGGCUUCAACUUGAAUGAACUCCACCAUAGUCUGUGUUCACACAUAAUGACCCCGGCCAAGACGUGCAUCGAUCUCUCUAAGAGAUGUUGUGAUGAAGCCACACAAGCAAGGCUGAGGAAGCAGGAAGUCAGCAAUUCCACAUUGGCCCCAAUCACUUCCCUCAGCUCCGUUUAUGUAGAGGUUAGGAUAGACCUCUUUGUAUACAGCACAAUGUACCCCAUCCUAAAGGAGGUACUCCAUAAGAGCAUGCAUGGACCCCUACACCUGCAUUGCCGUAACCUACAUGUCUGUAUGCUGCCCUUGUGUAACACAGUUGAGCUGCUGGAGCUCCUGAACGCAACAGGGGUGCGCAUGAUUGAACUGUACAGUAAGACCCUGGAUGAGCUCAAUACCAUUCUGCCUGUCAUGGUGAAGUUCCGCUCCCUGCGCAGCCUCAAACUGCUCUGCUGCUUCGACAGCAUCCAGAGGCCAACCCCUGGCACAGAGGACGCCAUGAAGAAAUUCACCACGAUCAUCAGACAGCUGAGAUCCCUGAAGGAGCUAAACCUCAGAUCUUCCUCCCUAGCAGGAUGCUUGCAGCAGCUGCUGGGGGGAAUACAAGAGCCGCUGGAGAGUUUGGAAUUGGGACACUGUGACCUGCUCCCGGUAGAUUUAUAUUAUUUGUCUAAGAGCCUCCACAUCUCCACCCUUAAAAAGUUGGACCUAAGAGGGCAUAACCUGUCUGCGCACCUCCUUCUUCCCUUCCUCCAGCUCCUGGCCGCCAUCUCCUCCUCCCUCCUUUAUCUGGACAUCCGUUUGUGCUGGCUAAGUGACCACACCCUGUCGGUCCUGGUGCCCGCACUCUGCCGCUGUUCCCAUUUGCGGUGCCUGGUACUCUCCAUGAAUCCAUUAUCCUUUCAGGCACUGAAGAGUCUCUUUCAGAACUGUUUGCAGCUCCAGGACCUCCAGCUGGUGGUCUAUUCGUACCCACAGGACUGUUAUGUUAAUGGUACAUUCUUCUUCAUUGACACAGAGAAACGCAAUAGACUCUUGGCAGAGCUGCAGGAGAUAUUGGCGAAGGCGGGGGGCGGACAGACAUUGUAUGGACGACGAGAGUGUCCAUUCUCCAAAAUCCAGUCUACAUGA